AUGGUGGACAUUGAUUCUCCUGUUCAAAAGAUAUUUGAGGAACAGACCUUGACGUUCAUAGCCCUCCCAUUUUGCUCUAUAUUCGGGUCCAGCUUGAAGGAGUGCGUACAUCAGUGCGAGAGUUGUUGCGGCGUGGUGCUGUAUAGUGAAUCUCGCGGAGUUUGCGAGACUAACUCUCUGGAUAUCACUGAUAGUAAGCUUGAUUUCGAAAAGGAUGACUUCUCCCUCAUCCUGUAUCGAGAGCAAGAGUAUAUCACAAGCCCGAACACACAGUCCUCCAAGCAGAAGGUGGUCUUCAGAGCAUUUGCUGGCAUCGGGAAGUCUGUGUACGAGAGAUGGACAGAGACAGGAGUUAACGACGACUUUCCGGUCACAGCACCUUCUGGUUGUCUCAACCUGAGUCCGGACUUGCCUCCCUGCGACAAACACUACCGGAGUGCUAUACUAGACAACUGGCCAAGCGAUAUCAAAACGGUAUAUAUCCAUAUGUAUAAAGACGGCGCCCACAAGAAAGAAUUUUCCUUCUACGCAGUUCAUAGUAGAGCAAACACUUGGCUGAGAAUUGGAUUUGGAAGCGACAGCGAUGAAUACUACAGUAUUUCGGGGGAGGUGAACGGCACUCACAUCCAAAGACGAUUCUACUACUUGCCUUCUGAUUAUGAAUGUGGUCAGCAAUCUGGAUACUUCUUCGUAUUUGACUCAACGUCCCACGACGAGUGCGCUGCGUCCUGGAAGGAUCAAGGGUUCCCUGUGUUUAUCUGGAAACUGGGUGGCUCAGCGUUGUAUGAGUCAGCUGAUGUGUUUGAGAUCGCCAUCGAGACCUACGAUCAAGACUCGGGGCCGUAGAAUUGCUGAUCUACAACCUUCACAUGUAGUCAAAGUUCACUUCCGGCUGACUACUUUUCUCUUAUUCGAUAUUCCGUGUUCAUUUUUCAUUUUAAAUCUGUGUAACUUUCAUUGCGUUCCAUUCCUUCACUUUCAUUGUUUUUCUCCAACUUCUCUGAAGCUGUCAGUUCUAUUCAGUCUGGCCUUCACCUUAGCAGAAAUCCUUCUUUAAAACUGUCCUGCUAAUCUGUAAAGAAAUUAUUCAAC